GGAGUGGUAGAUUCACCAUUCAAGGUCACUCACGGUGUUGCUCAAAUAGUAGUUUGGAAUCUCAGGAAUAAUUUUAUUUAUUAGAUUUAUAAGCAAAAUAUUAUUAAAUUCUCAUGAUGGCUUACCACGGACCCUCAUAUGGAUUGAGCCGCGAGUGCCAAAUGAAGAGCCAGGCAAAGUUCGACCCAGCGCGCGCCAAGAGAGUGUGCGAGUGGAUAGAGGCCGUCACGGGCACAAACCUGGACCUCCCUUCCAACGAGGAGGGCAUCAGCGACCAGCUCGACUUCGGGCACGCCCUUAAGGACGGCAUUGCCAUCUGCCAACUGCUGAACGCGCUACAGCCCGGCCUCGUCAAGAAAGUGAACACCAUGAAGGCUCCCUUCAAACAGAGAGAGAACAUAGAGAUGUUCCUGAAGGGUUGUGAGGCGUACGGUCUCAAGAGUCAGGACCUCUUCCAAGUCAACGACCUAUACGAGAACAAGAAUCUCUACAUGGUUGUCGACUGCAUAUACGCAUUGGGUGGCAUGAUUGCCCGCAUUGCAGAGGCUCAGAAGCACAUCAGCGAAGACAGCCACAAGAUCAUCGGCCUGCAGAGCGGCAGCAACAAGGGCGCCUCUCAGGCCGGCAUGACUCCAUACGGCGCUACCCGCCAGAUCAUGCCUGAUGGUGAAGCUCCUUCCUAUGCUCCUAUAUGGUCAAAGAAGCAAGCUUGACGACAGCAGGGAGUGGGAAGUCAAGGAAGCUGCCAUGGCAACAGCGACUAAACCACAACCUCCGUCAGCACACAAGCUGUUCUCACAUCCAGCCUCCUGCUCCUCCCAGCCUACACUUCUCAGCCUCCUGCUCCUCCCAGCCUACACUUCUCAGCCUCCUGCUCCUCCCAGCCUAC